AUGGCGCCCGGAUCCGGGACCUCGGGCGUCUCCCCGAGUGAUUUCUUGCGAGCGAUCGAGGGGAAAACGGUGCUCGUGCGAUUGAACUCGGGGGCGGACUACAGGGGGGUGCUGGCGUGCUUGGAUGGGUACAUGAACAUAGCGAUGGAACAGACGGAGGAGUACGUGAACGGACAGUUGAAGAAUAAAUACGGUGACGCGUUCAUUCGGGGGAACAACGUGCUCUACAUCAGCGCCGUGAAUAAGUAG